UCAGACCACGUAUUUCUAGGUCAGUUUACCCUCGAUACCAUCUAAACCUAGGGCAUUUGCUUUAAAUCCUUCUAGAUUGACCUUGGCCAGAGUCUUCACCAUGCCAAACUGGGGCGGAGGCGCAAAAUGUGGAGCCUGUGAAAAGACGGUUUACCACGCGGAAGAAAUCCAGUGCAAUGGGAGGAGCUUCCACAAGACCUGUUUCCACUGCAUGGCCUGCAGGAAGGCUCUGGACAGUACCACAGUGGCAGCUCACGAGUCAGAGAUCUACUGUAAGGUCUGCUAUGGGCGCAGAUAUGGCCCCAAGGGGAUCGGGUUUGGACAGGGUGCUGGCUGCCUCAGCACCGACACCGGCGAGCACCUCGGCCUGCAGUUCCAACAAUCCCCAAAGCCGGCGCGCGCAGCCACCACGAGCAACCCUUCCAAGUUCUCUGCAAAGUUUGGAGAAUCAGAGAAGUGUCCACGAUGUGGGAAGUCAGUGUAUGCUGCUGAGAAGGUCAUGGGAGGUGGCAAGCCUUGGCACAAGACCUGCUUCCGCUGCGCCAUCUGUGGGAAGAGUCUGGAGUCCACAAAUGUCACAGACAAGGAUGGGGAGCUUUAUUGCAAAGUUUGCUAUGCCAAAAAUUUUGGCCCCACAGGCAUUGGGUUUGGGGGCCUUACACAGCAAGUGGAAAAGAAAGAGUGAAACCGUGUGCAUUCUCACAACCCUGCCUGCCAACACAGAUGCAGGGGCCCAAACAGCCUCCUUUGUAGCUGGACAGAUGUUCUCUUCA